AGUGUGUUUAGGACCCUGUUAAAACCGACAUCGGCCAGGACAGACACACACACACACACCCGCGAUCAUGUGAGAAGAGUGAGGUGAAAAGUUUAUUUUCCCUCCACCCCGGGCCGUGUCCGCAAGUGGGUCUCAAACCCACAACCGUCCGAGCCGAGCGGGCCGCGGACGCGCGCAGAGGGAGAGACAGCGAGAGUGACGGAGAGAGCAGCGCUGCCGCGGCAGCUCCGUACGAACAGAAGUGGAACCGAAGCGCUUCUCGCUCAAACUCAACUCUGAGCUCCGCGAACAUGUUCAGGAAGAGCAGGAAGAACAGGAGCAGGGCGCUUAUAGCGGACGGGUCGGAGGAGGAGGACGAGGAGGAGGAGGACGGAGGAGGUUCUCAUCGCAGCCCGAAGAAUAAAGAUCCAGACGGCGUGGAGGAAAUUGCAAGUCCCAGGUCAAAGGAGAUCAAGGUUAAAAAAUUGAAGUCUAACAGAGAGAGGAGAGACAAGAAGCUGCUGCUGGCAGAUGACGAUGAACAUUUUCUCCUUACUGGUGCCCCCACAGAAAAGGGAGAAGGGUCCAAAGAGGAGAAGAGGAGCGGGACGUAUACAGAGCGGGGGCAGUACCUCUGGGACAGCAUCUCCAUGUCAGUGAAGCAGAUCACACCCUCCAAGAAGGCGGUUAAGGUGGAGGGCUGGGAGCCGCCACAUAUCAGAGAGGUGACGGGCAUGGUGGAUGAUGUGACCAUUGAUGCCGUGGUACGGCGCGGUACGCGUUCCUCCUGGACAGGCCUGGAAGAAGACUCGUCAAACUGCGCAAAUCUGAUUGAAACGCAGAACCCCGGGAUCCGGUGGACCUCGAGGGCCAAAGGCAGGUUGGCUGGAAUGAGGAGGCGGAGCCGUGGGAGUGUCUCCGAGAGGUGGGAGGGGCUAAAAUAAAGUGCUCGACCCAAACAUGUACGAGUCCUGGAUUGAUCCGUACCUCUUCUUCUUCCUCACGUUGCCCUGGGUGCCUUUGCAACACGUCGGGAAGUUUAUUUAAAAUGUAAAGCUGCAAGAUGGCAAAAACAAAAUCACAACAGCUGGGUGAAAAAAUGUGUUUUCACGGUCGUCUUCAGUGAUUACUGAAACAACUUCUGCAAAAAGUGGGAAUUUUUUUUUUUUUAAUUCAAGUAUUAAAUUCAGUAUUUCAUUUUAUGUAUAUUUUCCAUGGCUUUUAUUUUCUUCUUCUCUGUACUGUACAUGCGAGUUCUGGGGCAUAAAUGCGGAAUCCAGCAUUUCUUAAAAUGUGUCGCCUAUUGUAGACUUGGGAACGUGAAUCGGGACCAUAUGAUACUCCUUAGCUCUUAAUCUCUACAGUUUAAGGACUUGCUACGCUUAGUGAAAUUGUCAUGACUCAGGCCAGUUCUUCUCAGCUUAGGAAAUACAGGUCACACACUUCGAUGCAUCCUAACUAACACAAUCCAUAUCUUUAAUAUAGUGCAUAGAAAACAUAAACUGAUAAUUGACAGUCAGUGAUGCUUAUGAAAUGUGGUGUUGUAUCCAAAAAAUUUAAAUGGAAAAUUCUUAAUACGGACAUGUUCACUGAAAUAUUCACAUUUUGAAGCUGGUGACCUAAUAUCAGAUCUGAGGAGGAAAAAAAAUCGUCAUGGCGGCUUAGGUUUUUGGAUCGUACUUUGCUCAUUUGUGUUUAAUCCUAAGAAGCACUUAGUGACACAGUCUCUACGAAAAGAUGUGUCAUAGGGGGCAUAUAAAAAUAAGCUUUUACACACGAAAUGGUUAGGUGUACACGCGCAGGUAUAGACAGGAAACAUCAAUCAUACUAUAAAUGAAGUGUCAUUGCCAGCUAUUUUGUCUGAUUUUUAGAACUUAAAUUUUGAAUAUUUAAAUUCAACAAUGCUUCAAUUACAUUUUAAAAAUAAAAAAUAAAUGUUUAAAAAUUAUGCUCUGUCAACUUUUUCCUUGGUAUGGUCC